AUGUCUCUCGCCAAGAGCAACCACCUUUCGCAGUCCAACCAAAACCUGCCACACAUGAACUUCCGCUCCUUCGUCGAAGCGCUACGACAGGAUGGCGACUUGAUCGAGAUCAAUGACGAGAUCGACCCUCACCUCGAAGCCGGAGCAAUCAUCCGCAAAGUCUGCGAGACAGACGAAAAAGCGCCACUCCUAAACAACCUGAAGGGAAGCAAAGACGGCCUGUGGAGGAUCCUUGGAGCUCCGGCUUCGUUGCGAAGAGAUCCAGAACAGAAGUAUGGUCGAAUUGCUCGACAUCUGGGCCUUCCUCCCAACGCCUCCAUGAGGGAUAUCCUAGACAAGAUGUUGUCCGCCGCGCAUGCCGAACCGAUUCCUCCGAAUGUGGUGCAAGACGGUCCCGUGAAAGAGAACAAACUCGUCGACGGAGAAUUCGAUCUAUCAACUCUUCCCGCACCGUUGCUGCAUCAAGCGGAUGGUGGAAAGUACAUUCAAACAUACGGUAUGCAUAUCGUACAGACGCCCGACGGAAAAUGGACGAACUGGUCCAUCGCUCGGGCCAUGGUCCACGAUAAGAACCACUUGACGGGCUUGGUGAUCGAGCCGCAGCACAUCUGGCAGAUCCACCAAAUGUGGAAGAAAGAAGGCAAGGAUGUGCCGUGGGCGCUCGCGUUUGGUGUGCCUCCAGCGGCGAUCAUGGCCGCAAGCAUGCCCAUUCCAGAUGGCGUCACGGAAGCUGGAUACAUUGGUGCGAUGACCGGGACCGCUCUCGAUGUCGUGAAGUGCGAGACCAACAACCUUUAUGUCCCUGCGAGCGCCGAGAUUGUGUUCGAAGGGACGAUUUCCAUCACUGAGACAGGGCCAGAAGGUCCAUUCGGAGAGAUGCACGGUUACGUCUUUCCUGGUGAUACACAUCAGUGGCCAAAGUACAAGGUCGACACUAUUACGUACCGUGACGAUGCAAUUCUACCAGUCUCUAACUGCGGCCGAAUCACCGACGAGACCCAUACUCUGAUAGGAUCUUUGGCCGCCGCGGAGAUCCGUCAAAUCUGCCAGGACGCUGGACUGCCCGUCACAGACGCAUUUGCCCCUUUCGAGUCCCAAGUCACAUGGGUCGCGCUCAAAAUCGACAUCUCCCAGCUCCAGAAGAUGAACGUGAAGCCGCAGGAAUUCCGCAAAGCAAUCGGAGACUUGAUAUUCUUUUGCAAAGCAGGAUACACCAUCCAUCGCUUGAUCCUUUGCGGGCCAGAUAUCGAUGUCUACUAUUUCAAGGAUGUCAUGUUUGCCUUUUCGACUAGAUGCCGGCCACAGACAGACGAGACUUUCUACGAUGACUGUCGCGGGUUCCCUUUGAUCCCGUAUAUGAGCCACGGCACUGCUUCGCCAGUUCAGGGUGGUAAAGUCGUGUCGGACGCGCUGAUGCCUUCGGAGUAUCAAGGCGAGCAAGACUGGCAGCAGGCCUCGUUCAAGCAUUCGUACCCGCAGUCGUUGCAAGACAGCGUGAACGAGAGGUGGUCGACGCAGUGGGGGUUCGGCAAAUGA